AAUCAGCAGUUGUAACAGUUGCUAAAAUAUGCAGAAGUAAAAAAAUAAUGAGCAGCAUUGAAUUAUUAUUAAAAUAGUCAGUCAUUUUGGAUAAAAGGCGGGAAAAAUUACAACCACGCUGAUUUUACACUCUGAAAAAAAAAGAGGUUAAUUGGAAAUAUUAUUUUAACUAUGACAUAAUUCAUUAUGAGUGAAUUUAUUUGUGUCCAAGUUGGACAAUGUGGAAAUCAAAUUGGAAGUGCAUUUUGGCCAUUGGCAUUGCACGAGUAUGGCAUAGAAACAUCAAGCGGGGGUGUAAAUCAAUUAAAAUUCCAAAAAGAUCAUAAAAAAAAUAUUGAUGAUCUCGCUGAUGCAUUCCAUAGCUUUUUUUAUGUCCCCGAUAAUUCGGGAAAAUUUUCUUUCAAGCGAAUUUCUGAUUUGAAUUCUGCUAAAGUUAAAGCACGGGCGGUUUUAAUAGAUAUGGAAGACAGCGUGGUGUCAAGAUUCAAACAAGGUCCUCUGAGAAAUUUAUUCGACCAAACUUGUACUGUGACAAACUAUCCUGGUUCAGGAAACAACUGGGCUGUUGGAUACUACACUCAUGGCAGAAAUUACCACGACAAACUCGAAGAAACAAUAAGAAAAACCGCAGAGCGGUGUGAUAGUCUUCAUGGUUUUUUAUUGACCCAUUCUCUGGGCGGUGGAACGGGUUCCGGUCUAGGAACAGCGACUCUGAGUCUUCUUGCCGAUGAGUACCCUCACGUAGACAAAUUUCUGUCCAGUGUCCAUCCAGCGGCGGCCCAGGAUGUAAUUACGGCUCCUUACAACGUCUUGCUUGCCAGUAAAGAACUAAUUGAUCACGCAACCUGUGUCUUUCCAGCAGAUAAUGGAGCUUUGCUCGACAUCUGCAACUCCCAAAUUUGUAAAAAGGAUAAUGUUGAUCAGCUCAAUUAUAACGCUACCUGCAAACCAUUCCAAGAUAUGAAUAGUAUUGUUGUAAAUAUGUUACUACAUUUAACAAGUGGAGCGCGUUUUCCUGGAAGUUUGAAUACUGAUAUGAAUGAUUUAGUAACAAAUCUAGUACCUUAUCCACAAUUGCAUUAUAUUUUCAGCAGUGUUAGCCCAAUAUCAAUGACUGCUCCUAAAUUAACAAUUACUAAAAAAACUAAGGUACAAGAUGAAUUAUUCAUGAAUGCAUGGUCUCGUUCGCAUCAGUUAAUUAAAUUGGAUCCAUUAAAUCCAAAGUCUGUGAUAAUUAGUGCUGGCCACAUUGCCAGAGGUAAUUGUUCCAUGGAUGAUAUGAUAAGAAAUAUUCAGAGAUUUCAGAAUAAGGCUAAAUUUACACCGUGGAGUAAAGAAGUUAUGAAAAUAGGUCUAUGCAAUGUGCCUCCAGCGGGUCAUCCCGCGUCUCUAUUGUGUCUUCUCAACUCAACAUCAAUGCGAUUGAUGUUAAAGAAUAUAAUUAAUCAAUUUGAAAAACUGUAUCAACGCAAAGCACAUGCACACCAUUACUUAGAAGUCGACGGCUUCGAGGCCGAACACUUUGAUGAAGCGAAAGAAAGUAUUAAAGUCGUCUGCGAUCGGUACAGAGAAGUCGAACGGCAAAUACCACACAAUAUUCCUCGACUUAAAGUUAAAUAAUAUUAUACUUAUAUUAGAUCAAUUAAACUAUUUUUUAUUUAUUUUUCUAAGAUAUAAUUAAAAUAUUUAUAGCCAAAAAACCAAUGAUGAAUUAAUUAAUAAUAAAUUA